AUGCGAUUCCAGUUCACCUUCCCCUCUCAUCCAGGUACCAAGAAUGUGACAGCAGACACCCUCUCCCAUCUCUGUUCACCUGAGGAAAAUGCUGAAGAAGCCGAAACCAUCAUUCUCCCUGAGCUUGUGGUCCAGUGGACCCUGGAUGAUAGAAUCGCUGAAGCCACCGCCAUUGAGUCAGCUCCGCUGGGCUGCCCCAUUAACUGCACAUAUAUUCCUGUCUCCCAAAGAAUCUCCUUCAUUGAGUCCACACAGUUCUCCGUGGGCACUUCCCACUCAGGGUCCAAUCAAACCCUCUCACUCCUCCAGAAUCAGUUCUGGUGGACCCAGAUGGCAAGAUUUCAUCCAAGGAUCUGGUAUGGAAGAGCAACUCAAAGAUUGCAGAUGGAGCUGUACAAGGUACUGGAGUUUCUGAACCGGCAUGCAUCUAGUCACUUGCUCAAGCACAAGCAAACCAGCUACACAGGAACACCGAAAAUCACUGUAUGUCAAGACUUUGAGGAGCAGUCAGCAAGUGUACACCGAUUUUCGACCGUCACAAUGAUGCAGGAAGACAAUUUAACCACCAAUGUGUCCUGUCAGAUUCAUGAUGGCAUAUUGUCACCAUUCUUGCCCAUUGGCUACAUUAUCAUCUGUUGCAUUGGUCUGCUCUGUAACACUGUCACGCUCUACAUAUUUUUCCUUCGGCGACAGACAGACUCUUCCAUGACCGUGUACAUGCGGCACCUUGCCCUAGCGGACACCCUCCUGGUCAUGUGCUUGCCCCUGCGAGUUUACUACCACAACAAAAAAGGUCCCUUCUACUUGUGCAAGGUGGUGGGCAUCUUCUUCUACAUCAACAUGUAUUCCAGCAUCCUGUUUCUCAGCCUCAUCAGUCUUGAUCGCUACUUGAAAAUCAUCAAGCCCGUUUGGGUCUUUCGAAUACAGAAGACAAAGUGGAGCCACAUGGCAAGCUACAUCGUCUGGGUGAUCCUCAUCUCAGGAGUGAUUCCCUUUUUUAUAAGCAACAGUCAAAAACAUCCGUGUGACCAGGUUUGCUUCCACUUCCACAGCAAGGGGCCUGUCGGUGGGACCAUUAACCUGACUACAGUGGUGCUCUUCCUUGUUUUUUAUGUAGCCUUUCUUUGUUUUUAUGUGAAGAUCACUAAGAAACUCAAGACUAUGUCCAUGGGUAAUGGUGACCCUAAGGCACAGAGUCACAAAAAAAGGGUAAUCAUGAAGAUUUUCUUAGUACCGGCCAUUUUUACUUUGUGUUUCUUGCCCUACCAUGCGAUACGAAUACCGUACGUUCUGGCUCAGAUGAAUGUGAUCGGAGAUCUUCAAAGCCAACGAUUGUUGCACAUCUUAAAUGAGAGUACCUUGCAAUUGUCUGCUCUAAAUAGCUGCCUUGACCCAAUUAUCUAUUACUUCUUAUCCAGUGCAUACCAGAAAACAAUACUGUGUGUCACUCAGGGCAAGUUUAAAAACAUGUAUGCUUUAAACAGAAGGAGAAUCAGCAUAAACCGCUCACUCACUGAAAUUUAGCAUUA